AAAGAAAGAGACCCUAACGCACCUAAGAAACCUGCCAACGCUUUCUUUCAUUUCUGUCAAGAAAAGCGCAAUUUACCGCAAGACGUUCAAAAAGAAGAAGCCGACUCCUCUGGCUAUCAUGAUUUAACCAAAUUUCUUAGUAAUAAAUGGAAUUCAUUGCCAAGUGCUGAUAAAAAGGUAUAUUAUGAAAUGUACGAAAGAGAUAAAAAACGAUAUGAAGAAGAAUUGAAGAUUUACAACAAUAAAAAGGCUGAUGGCGAAGCCGCGAAA